ACGAUAAUUACUCAUAUUUAAUUCUUACCCAAGGUUCUACGAUUGAGUUUCCCAUAGCCAGAGUCUGCCAAACUAAUAGCCCAGCCCCGUGUAAGUUGGAAGGAUAAUAGGAUCCAUCUUAGCUGCCAUAAGUAAACAUUUUAUUACCUAGGUACCUAAUGUUCCUAAUCUGAGGAAAUAUCAGUCUAUUAAAACAUCAAUUUCAUAAUGCCUAGGUUAGGUAGGCAGUUAGUGAGAUGGGCAUGAACUAUGUUAGAUCUGCCUAUUACACAUAAGAAAGGUCCACACAUCAAAGAUAUCGUAAUACUCUCGGUGUAUUGACAGAAUUGUUCAUGCAAGGCCUACAUUCUAGGCCAAACUAGCCCCCGGUUCGGAGCUACCCAAGGUAAUGGUGGAUCGCACGCGGGGUGGUAUCUUGAAGGCGAAGUCCCCUUACAAGGGCGAAGGUGGUAUAGUGCGCUCUUUAUAACUACCUAUUUAGGCAAAGAGAUAGGUAGGUAUUCAUAGGUCUCUCUAUUUGCCCAUCAAGGUUAACUAGAUCGUUAUUCUUCCCCCUUAUAUGAUAGGUAGAUAUUAGACUAUUAGGUAUGGCACAAUCCCCCGGGCAUCUCUUUGUCAAUGGCAAGGUGUUUCUGCACGCCAAGGAUCCAGGACUGGAGACAAAGUCUCAAUUUGGAGAUGCAAUCUACAUCCGCGACGGCAUUAUUGAGCAUGUCGGGUUUAAAGACGAUGACGCAAUAUCCCGAUAUCGCGAAGCUGGCGCCGUUGUCCACGACCUAAAGGGCCGGACCGUAUUACCGGGUUUUAUAGACGGGCACAUUCAUUUACUCCGGCUGGGACAAUCGCUGAGCAAAGCUGCCUUAGACAACUGCGAGAACUCAGACGAUGUGCGGAGAGCGAUCAAGGACCAUGCUAUCGCGAACCCGGAUGAGCCGCGGAUCCUCUGUAAAGGCUGGAUGAGAUACAUGUCUUCACCUCUGGCCAGCUUGAUUGAUGACUUGGAUCCCCGACCCAUCUACGUGGACUCUAAGGAUCUUCACACUACCUGGUGCAGCACCUCUGCACUCAAGGAGCUCGAUGCAGAAAACCUCAAGGACCCCGAGGGCGGCAAGAUCGAGCGCGACGCCAACGGGAAGCCCACCGGAGCGUUCGAGGAAGCCGCCGUGUUCACCAUCAUCUGGCCUUUCCUCUCGCAGGUAGCGACGGAGAAGAACCGCGAAGACUGGGUCCGAGCCGCCGUGGAGCAAUACAACGGGUCGGGCUACACCGGCGCCAUCGACAUGGCCAUGGAAGAGCAAGCAUGGGCGACUCUGCUAAAACUCCGCAAGGAGAAGCCAUUGCCCUUCCAUCUCGCGGCAUACUGGCUCAUGAAACCCUCGAGUGACGAGGCCGACUGCCUGGCGCAGGUCGACCAGGCGAUCGCAGUGCACAAGCAGCUGGGCGCCGAGGAAUCCCCCGACCUCCACGUCGUCGGCAUCAAGGUCAUCUGCGACGGCAUCAUCGACGCCUGCACGGCGUACCUGUCGGAGCCGUACCUCAAAGGGGCGGACAUCGCCAAGGCCUCGACCGGCGACCCGUUCUGGGACGCGAAGAUCCUCGGCGCGGUGGUGCGCAAGGCUGAUGCGGCGGGCUUGCAGAUCGCGCUCCACGCCAUAGGCGACGCGGCGAUCACGAUGGCUGUUGAUGCGCUGGCGACUUGCUCGCCGAAGAACCGGCACCGGGUAGAGCAUCUCGAGCUCGCGUCGGCGCGGGAUGCGAAGCGGCUUGGUGAAUAUAACCCAGCACCGCCUCCGUGCAACCCGUCCACGCCGACCCCUGGAUCCUGCGCGCCUGGCCCUAUCUCCUCGGCCCGCACCGCUGCUCGCGCGCGUUCCCCUACCGCGAGUUCUCCGACGGCGGCGCGCCCCUCGCCCUCGGAAGCGACAGCCCCACGUCGCCCUGGGACGUCAUGGGCAACGUGUACGUUGCCACGACUAGAAGAUCGUACCGGAACACUAAGUACGCCGAGGUGGUCAACUAUAACUACCGGCUGGGCGUGUGCGAGUCCGUCGUGGCGGCGAGCUAUGGGCCGGCGAGGAGCGUGUUUUGGGAUCAGCGGCUGGGUAGCUUGGAGAAGGGGAAGGUGGCGGAUCUUACGGUUUGGGAUAUGCAGUGGGAGGAUGGGGAGGAGGGGAAGGAGGGAGGGAGGUUGCUCGCUGCGAAGGUUAAGGAGACGUGGUUUAAGGGGGAGAAGGUGUGGGGGGCGGGAUGGGGUUAAAGCGUUAGUGAAUACCGAGAAAGGUAGGUUGUCGGAAUGGCUAUUACAAAAGCAGUUCUUCGUAUCUAAGGGCAUUCUAGCAAUAAGCCACAUGCCAUUGUCGGUGGACAAGGUCUGACCAAUAUGUCACGUAUUGCAACAGAUACCUAGUACCCUAUCUAGUAGGUAUUUGAGAAAUGAAGCAAUUAUCUCACCAUCUACCUAGCUCCUGUGCUUAAACCAGAAUAUCCCGUAUCUAAA